CUUUUUCGGAUGAUGGAACAUACGAACUUCAAGGAAAAACUAGAUUCAUAUCACAUUGAUCUGACCUUAAAUUAGGGCGGUUUUUAUUGGAUGAGGCAACGGCUAAGUUACUAUAGUUAUUGCACAGCUGCGGAACGAAAAACAAAUUGCAGGAGUACCUCAAUGAAGAUGAACUAUUCAGGACUGUAUUACAAACCAAGUGACGAGAGGAUUUGUGAGUGCGUUCUCAAAGGCUGAAGAAGAGGACUGUUUCUUUUCUGAAUUUGUACCUCAGUUGCAGGUUUUGCGAUAAUGAGAUGGCCUUUCAGAUGAUUCCUCCCAGGGUGUCCUCUUCUCCACCCCCUUUGGACUCUCUUCCGAGUGUUACCUGCCCAGGGGAUGAUGAUGAAGAUGAAGAAUUUGGGACUUUUGCUACACAUAGUACCUUUGAUAUUACAGGUUUGUCUGACAAGCUUCCGCCCACACCAGAACAUAAUCCCACUGCGUGUGUAGGAGAUAAGAAUGUACCUUUAUCUGUAAGAGACUCCAGUGGUACUAAAGGUACUUUGACUACAGGAGGGUUGCCCCACCUUCCCAAUAGUGGAAAAUCUGUGACCUUGUAUGCCAAGGAUAUCAAUGGGGAUGUGUCUGGUUCCUUGGAAAUUGAUGAUGAUGGUGAUGAAUUUGGUGAUUUCUCAUUUUUUACCUCCAGUGCAACUUCUGGUGACACAGUAAGUGCUGAUGGCAAAGCAAGAGAGGAAGGGAAAACCAGUGACAUAGACUCUAGUCAAAAAUUUAAUUUAGAGCCAAAAGUGGAUAGUUCACCUAACCAUAGUGAUUGUAGUUUUUCAAUGAUAGCAACCCCACCACCCCUAGAUCAUGUUGUUGACAACAUUGUUGUCGAUGAUGAGUUCUCCAGGAUAUCACCCAAUCCUCCUCCUGUGGAUGAUAAUGAUGAAGAUUUUGGAGAUUUUACUACAUGUACAUUUGACAAUUCCAAAGAUAGUUCAUAUCCUGUAGUAGAUACUGCUAAAGAAUGUACAACACUUCCUAAAAACAAUUUAGAAGAUGAUAGACCUCACAUUCCGGAUGAAAGUGAUCAUAAUCCAGAUGUAACAUGUGAUGAAGGGCUUCCAUGCUCUGAGAGCCCAGUGAUAGUUCAUGAAACUCCCUCAGGGAAAGUUUGUGAAUCACUUACUACUCAAGGUAAAAGUGAUCCUCAUGAUUCCAGUGAAGUGAAAAGUGUACUAGAUAGUUAUAGUGAAAUAAUUGACAGAACUACAAGUUUUGAGGGUUGUAAUAAUGCUAGUAGUGACACUAAGGAGUGUAAUUUGAAUAAAGCUGAUGUAACUUCUGUAUAUAAUGAAGGUAGUUAUAGUGAUUUGGAAAAAGAUGAUUCUCUCCAUAAUCUUGCUUCCUCGGGGCCACUUACAGAUAGGGGUACAUCUUCAGAAUGCAGUCUUCCUGGGGUAGUAGAAGAAGAAUGUAAUCAAGGGUCGUUGGGACGUAGUAAUCGUGAAUCUUGUUUAGCACAAAAUCUAAGCAUUGUAGAUAAUAGCGAUAAUUACUCACUUGAACCUGAGUCUGAGAAUAUUUCAAAAACUAAGCUAAAUGAAGUAAGUGCCUGUCCCAGUAGCAAGAAGGACAAUGUUAGAACAGAAUUCAGUGAAAGUGAUGAUGUAAAGAAAGAUGAAGAUAGUGGAAAAGCUUCCCUUACUUUAAAGGAUACUAACGGUGAUGAAUUCGAGUGUGAUUGGGAAUUUAGAGAUUUUGAUAAGGCUAAAAAUGAUGAUGCUGCUGGUGAUGAUGACGAUGAUGACUUGGACUUUGGUGAUCUUCGGGAAAAGGUGAGGAGUGGUAAGUUUGGAUUGAACGAGUCUGUAGAUGCAGACGAUGACUUUGGGGAUUUCUAUGAUGGAACACAUACAACCACACAAGUACUUAAUGAAGAUGAUGAUCAAGAGUUUGGAGAAUUUGGUACACCUGUGGUAGAAGAUGAAAAUACAGACGAGUUUGGGGAUUUUGCACAGGUUGAACCUGGAAACAGUUUUGGGAAAUUUGCAUCUUCAGAGGGUCAGGUAUUUGAGAAGGGAGUGACAAAUGAAAAUGCUCUUCAAGAUGAUGAAGAUGAGUUUGGUGAUUUUACUAGUCAGCAGAAUGUGGAAAACCAAUCAGAUUUCAGAGUGCCAUGGCAUGAACAUGCGACUUCUACAUCAGCUAAGGAUAAUCCAGUUUUAAGAAAGCUUGAGAGUUUAAUGUUGAAAUGGAUUCCAAGAGAACCUCUGACAAGCACUUCUGAAACCCAGGAGAACCGAAUUGUGCCCACACUUUUCCAGUCAGUUGAAGAUGAUGCCUUUGUGUGGCGUCAACUUGAAAACUUGGAGGCAAGCGCAGCGCUCACCUUGUCAUGGGGUAAUACUCAGGCACAGACACUCUACCUCUCAUCCGUCAAUGUCGAUGCUCGCAACAUUGUGAGUAAAACUGCAAUGAUAACGCUCUUUGGACAGAAAUGGAGUUCUUCAGUCCCACUGUUUGCACAAACUCUGAGCUUUUCACCGCUCACUCCGGCUAAGCCGACAGAAAAUGGCUGCACACUGGAUGGUGGGAAUAGAGGCUCAGUAUCUCCUCCAAUAUUGUCCUCUGGCAUUACCCCCAAGUUCAGUGCAGGCUUUCGCAAAGACGAAAAUCAAGUUGAAAUUACAUCAGAUAAUGAAAACGCCCCGGAGGAACAGAUCCCUCCAGCGAAGUUUGACUGGACAUCAAGUGGCUUAACCAAUCCUCUAGAAGGACCAGGUCUUGAAAGAGAGUUCCUGAGUGAGGGAGAGGAGAAGGGUACCAUUGGCCGCAUCAAGGGUCCCCCAGCACCCUCACCAUUAGUUCAGCAGAUCCUUGGCAGUGGAAUGAACAGCACCCAGUCAGCAGCAACACCUCUGCAAUCACUUAGUUCUGAAAUAAGGGAACUUGUGGAAAACCUUCCAAACAUUGGGUUCAUGCGAAGCAGAGUUCUGAUGUUCCCUAUACGAGGAGAAGAUUGAGGAUUAAGAAUACUUUAUUAGUAGCAAUUAAGAGAGAUCUUAAUUUUUGUUAGUGAAGAAUGCAUUGUGGAAAAUUUUAUUUUAUAUUGCAUAAUUAUUGAAAAAAGAUAGUUACUUUCAGAUAAAAGUGAUAGUAUGAUUUUUCCACCAAAAAUAUAGGUAAAGAAAUCAAUCAGCAGUAUCGAAACAUCAUCACUACAGCUGACUGAACAAAUUCAUUUUAGGUAUUGUGGGAGUGGCAUUUGGCUUGCUGUGUAAUAGUGUGAAAAUAAUUGCUAUUGUUCAAGUUCUGCAGUAUGUAUUACUGCUGUCAAAUGAUGUGAAAGUUUAUGGAAAUUUAGGCUAACCCUUGAUCUGCCAAGUUCUGAGUUUUAAAUAUUAUAGUUGGAAAUGAUGAUUAUGUAAAUUUUAUCAACAAAUUUUACCUUGUGAAGAAAGUACCUUACAAGAUGUGAAAAACUAAAACAUUUGCAUUGCAAUGCAACAUCACUCAAGAAGGAAUGGCUGUCAUUAAUGCCAGAAUUGUUGAAAAGUUUAUUUUCAGGGACUCAAGCCACAGUAAGUAGCUGUGUCCAUGUCAUUUUUCAGUAUAUUAUACAGCAUUGUAUGCAGAUUGUUUAUUUGGAGUUGGAUAUGAUACACUAUUCAACUCACUUAUGGUUUUUAUUGAAAUUCUGUGUGAUAUAAUAAUAACCCUGAAAAUGCCAUUAUCUAUUAUUUCCAUUAUAUGCAUAAUUUUUUUAUAUAGGAACUUUUUUGUUUUUAGAAAAAUUUGAGAGCUAUGCCACCACACAGGUGGGUAUAUUCAGGUUUUUUGGAAGGUUAUCCUCAAACUCAUCACAAAUGAUCCAGUUAAGAGUGAUUUAAUCUAUAAACAAUUACAUUACACCAGUUAGAUGACCUUUGUCAGCAUGAUUUUUGUAUGUGAUUUUAUGUAGAAAUUUUUGAUGACAAAAAAUGAACUGUGCAUAUAGCAGCAUUAUUGAAAGUCCAGUUAUGUAAGGGGAAACUCAGCUGUGCUGAAUACCCAUGUAAAAUGCUGAUAGUAGUGGUGAAGUAUGUAAAUGUAAAUAUUUCACAUACCAGUAAAUGUCUGAAGUUCUCUGGUUUCUCUUGCACAGCCAAAUUUGUGUUGCUCCUUAAUUUUAUUGAAACACCUGAGAAAGGACAGAUGCACUUUAGUUACAUAACUGAGAAAAGGAGCAGGAGCUUCAAGAAGGAUAACAUUUUCAGUUGGGAAGCCGUAAUAAUUUUUAAAAGUGGCGUGAAAGUAAAUUUACUAUAAAUUCAAUUUAUCUUGAAGGUAUGCAAAGGUUUAGGUACUAUUAGACACAUCACGGCUCUUUUGGGACAGUUUUAAGUUCUGUUUUUGUAGUUUUUUUUUUUAAAUGGUCAUUUAAAAGGAAAAGUGGUUUGUUUUUUAAGGUUAUGGUGUUAAGCCUUUCCAUUCCAUCAAACUGGAGGUUAUUCAUGUUUUUUUUUAUUAUUGUCAUUUGUUCAUUACAUGCAAGUAAAAAUAGAUGGUCAUGGAUGCAAUUUUUCUUAUAAUGACAAAUAAUAUAGAUAGGUGUUAAUUGCAGUACCUUUGGAAUAUCUAUUUUUGAUAAAAUUAUGUAAGUCUUAUGGGAUUGACAUACAACUUUAGUUGGAAUUUCAAGUUUUUCAUAGGGGUAAAUUUUUGCAUAGGUUGGUAAUAAAUGAACUCUCUUUAUCUUUCAAACACUUUGCCAUAAAUAGAGACUUUAGUUCAUUCCAUUUUCUAGUCAUACAGAAAACUAACUUUCUAGCACACAUCAUCUUAACAAGUUUGGGUUAAUCAGUAGUGAUUGAAAUUAAACAUUUUGAGUUCUUAGGUUACUUAGUGCAAUACAUUCAGGAGUUUCCUUUGGACUUUGCAGAAAUAACAUCAAUCCCUACACAAGUUGAUGGUAUGCUAUGUAUUUAUUUAUUUAUUGUGAAAAGGUUUGAACAAUGGUGCAAGACAUCAUUUGCAUGGUUAUAUAACUGAAGAGUAUAUAUUGGGACAAAAAAUAUUAUGAAAACUUUAAGUGCUGAUGUUCAUUCAUACAGUAAGUUUGCUGAUUAGUAGUGCAAAAGAUAAAUUCACUUACAUUUUAAAGUUUUAUUCAUAUGACUUGAUGUGUUGGUUUUCAUUGGCAUUAUAUGUUGUUUUGGAUCCUUCAGCUACAUUCUUUGCUUUGUGAACAUUAAAUGGAAUGGGAUGCAGAUGGUGCAGGCAGUCAAUUUUGAAUAUGGUAAGAUUAAACCCCGAAUUUCAGUAUGGAUUUUUUCAAUGGGGCUUUUAUGUUGAAGUAUUUUUAUUGUGUAUUUAUUCAGGUCAAAUUUUUCAUGAUCACCUGACAAGUCCAUCACUAAAUAGCAGUGCAAUGCAAAGCAAAAAAAUUUUAUAUGAUUAUCCUGUUUUCAAUCAACAGAAUAUUAUAGUUUUAUAUGGUAGUGUGUCAUAGUUUAACCCACUGCUGUUCAUUUCAGACCAUUAAUUUUGGUCAUAUUUCUAUAACUUAACUGGAUUUAUUUAUUUUACAAACCAGAGAACUUAAUCUCGUGCUACAUAUCCUAACCCAAGAAAAAAAUCAAGCUGACAUCAUCCAAAAGUCAUAAUUUACUAAACACUAAUCUGUUUACACUACUAAUAAAAGCAGACAAAGUUAUAAUUGGAUUCCUCUCCUGUUAUAUAAGCAAUAUUUCGCAUUAAUUCCAGCAACAGUAUUGUUUUUGUACAUAAAGUAAGACUAUUCCUUUCUUAUGUAAUAUACAAGGAGAAAUUUUAAAAAUUCAAACAUCAAAGUAUACCAGGGUUUCCUGCUUACUAUUUCUGGGUGAAUUAUAAUGACAGAAGGAAUCUCAAUAUUAUUAAAUAAAAUUUUUCUUUUUUCUAAGGCUUCUAGCUUGCUGGUUUUGUUAAACUAAUUUUUUUAUUACUAGUAGCUAAAUAUAGUACAGGCAGUUCCUGGUUAUCGGUGGGGGUUCUUUUCCGACAGCAUGACGAUAAGUGAAUAUCGCCAAUAACCAUAAAUCAACAAUUUUCGGCAUCUUUAAUAAGUAUGUAUCAACACCAAUAAUUGGAAAUCGGUGCAAAUUGAUGCCGAAGACAAGCGCCAUAAAAACCAGAUUGCCGAUAACCGGCGACUGCCUGUAUUUCCAAUAAUGAAUGGUUAUACCUAGUUGUACAUUUUGCAGGAAGCCAGCUUGAAAACGUGGAAAUGUUAUAAAUUGAUACCAGCAUCCUAUAUUCUGUCAUUUUGCUAUAAAAAUCAUGGUGAAAGCUAUUACAGAGAAUGAAGACCUCAGUAGUCUACAAUAUUCAUUUCUAAACGAAUUUAUGAAGUGCACUCCCCUAACGUACAUACUAUUGGCAUUCAGUGUUUACUAUAUGUGCUCAUUUGAGCAAAGCAUAAAAGCAAUUUGUAACUUCAUUGAAGAAAGGGUAUCCUCCUUCAAGCAUUUUUUUCCCUUCAGGCUUUUAUUUGUGUGUAUUUGGUGGUCUAGUGAAGUUAUAUAAUUGCUGGCAUGAUAAAUGAGCCUAUUAUAAAACAGUAUUGAACAAUCUUGAAAAAUGAGCUUCAGUAAUUUGGUAAAUUCACAGUAUCAGUCAUCGUUGAGAAAUUUUUUUAAGUUUUAUGGAAAACUUGUAAUGAUUUUGCCUUCUAUCAUGUUGAUCCAAGUACAAAUUAUGUUGCAGGAAUAUACUUUUAAAAAGGUGGCAAUAGCAUAAGGCAUUGGCAGUAUAAGUACUUAACACUUGCGCUCAAAUGUUAAAAAUCCAGUUAUCUUGCUAAACUUGAAGUUACUUAUUUAUACUAUUGUUACCAGCUGUAACCAACCAUAUGUGGUUAAAAUGUAUAAACAUUGUAUGGUACUUUAAGCUUAAUUGUGCACUAGUGAUGGAUGGAUUUAUAAUACAUUAAUGGUUAUAGAUUAAACCAUUUGUUUGUGAAAAUCUUUCUACUGUACUCGAGUACCUUCCUAAUUAACUUGAAUGAAAGUUUCUGCUUGGCAAUCAGCAUUAUUUCAACCAUGCAAGGUGGAAGAUAAUUGUAUAUUGCAUUAGUGAUGAUAUAUAUUCAGCUUAUAUUUUGGGUAAUAUAUUUGUUUGAAUUAUUAUGGUAAGUGGCAUCUGUAACUAUAGAUACAAGUCGAAUAAUUUUUCUCAAAAUUCAUAAGCUAUAUGAAUUUGCUGCACUUUUCCCUUAUCUUUGAAUCACAUUUAAGACUAAAAAAGUGAAACUAUUUUUGGCACAAUUAUUUUUGUUCAGAUCACAGCAUUCAUGGUAUUACCUUAAGAAUAUAUAUAUAAUAUAUAUAUACACAUACAGUGAAGAAAGUCCCCUUAUGUAAAAUAUUGUAUACAAUAUCUAAUCAAACCACCUAUGCUGCUUAUGUAUGUAUUGUAUAUUAAUAUUUACAUUGAAGAAUGUACAGUAAUUUUUCUCAUUGCAAAAAAUGUAACUGUAAUCAGAUUACAGUGAAAGCCUUACGUAAAAAUAAAUUGAUCUUUAACAAUAGAAUAAGAAACCAGUGAAUUUGUAUGGAACUUAAUUUAUAAUUUUCUUGCGUUUAGAUUGCCACAAGAACUGUAUAACCAAAGACUUUGUGAUUUUAAUAAUUUACAAUAGGAUGAAACAAUAAAAAAUAAAGGUUGAAUAACUUUAACCACACAUUCCACAUCAUCCUUCACAGUUACCUAUGUGCUAUAUAUAAAUAAAUCUAUGAAGUAUG